AUGGCAGGCCAACGGAAUUACGACUUUCUAAUAAAACUCCUCCUGAUCGGCGACUCGGGCGUCGGCAAGUCCUGCUGCCUGCUGCGCUUCUCCGAAGACAGCUUCACGCCCAGCUUCAUCACCACCAUCGGCAUCGACUUCAAGAUCCGCACGAUCGACCUGGACGGGAAGAGAGUCAAGUUGCAGAUAUGGGACACGGCCGGCCAGGAACGCUUCCGCACCAUCACAACCGCAUACUACAGAGGCGCCAUGGGGAUUCUACUGGUGUAUGACGUGACGGACGAGAAGAGCUUUAACAACAUAAGGACAUGGUUCUCCAACGUCGAACAACACGCCUCGGAAGGAGUCAACAAGAUCCUCAUCGGCAACAAAUGCGACUGGGAGGAGAAGCGCGCCGUCUCGACGGAACAGGGCCAAGCGCUCGCCGACGAGUUGGGCAUUCCGUUCCUCGAGGUCUCGGCAAAAUCGAACAUCAACAUCGAAAAGGCCUUUUAUUCGUUAGCGAGCAAUAUCAAGAAGCGGUUGAUUGAUAGUUCGAAGGAGAGCGGCGGUGCUGGAGUCGGCGGCCAGGCCGGUGGGCCGGGCGUCAGCGUCACGCCGAACCACGGCGUCGGGGGUGGCAAGUGUUGUUAG